AUGGACGCGCCCGGCCAGCGGCCCGCCAGCCCCCGAGCCGGCCCGGAGGGCGCGGCGGCAGAACGGGACCCGAGCCCGCGCCCGAACCCGAACCCCGACCCGGAGGCGCCCAUUCAGGAGGAGAAGGAGUCGGCGUACGUGGAGAUCCGCGGCUCGCCGCGGGGGCCGGAGGAAAGCUGCCAGAAGCCCGAGCUGGCCCCGGCCGGCGGCGCGGAGGGAGCGGCCGGUCCCACACCGGAUAGCGGAGCCGGUGGGACCGGGGAUGGCGACUCGGCGAGCGGUGGACCCCUGGGGAAGGAAGCAGGGCCAGCAUCCUUGGACCACGGGCGGGAUCGCCCUCCUUCCCCGGCAGCGGCGGAAUGCGGCGCCGACACCGGCCCCGGCUCCGUGGAAGCGGCGGGGAGCGGCAGGACGCCGGAGGCGGGGGGCUGUCCGGAGUCCUCCUCCUCCUCCUGCCCCUCGCCCGUGACCAAGGCCGACGACUUUCCCGCGAUGAGCGACCCGGUGUCGACGGAGGGCAAAACAUCAUCGUCCUCCUUCGGCUACGAAAGCGAAGUGGAGGAUGAGGUCGCGGGGCGCAAGGCGACUCCCCCCGGCGCCCCCCCGGGCACCCCUCCCGGUGGCGGCCGCGACGAGGCGCACUAUAUCAGCACGCAGGAGAUCCAGCUCAGCGAGGUGGACCACGACAUGGACUUCGACGCGGGGCUGGCCGCCCGCUGGGACUUCGAGGAUAACAACGUGAUCUACUCCUUCGUUGACUACGCCUCCUUCGGAAGCGACGAGACCCCGGGGGACACGCUGACGGAGGAGGAGGAGAAUAGCUGCUACCUUAGCACGACCACCAGCGACCCCAACAACCAGACGGACAGCAUCGACAACACCAGCAGCACCGAGAUCGUCAGCCUUACCUCCGAACACGACACCCCCGGCGGGGACAAGCGCGCCAGCUCGGGGGAAAGCCGGUCCAAGCAGCCCGGCCGCCCCGGCGGGAGCCCGGGCGCCCAGCUUCUCCUAUCAAUCAAAGCCGCUUCCCGGGCUAUAAAUGAGUCUAGCAACGUGCACGGAAAGCAAAACACUGUUUACGCUGCCAAGCAUGAAGGCGACAUGAGUCUCCGUGUCGCCGCGGCUCCAGACCGCAGUGCGAGUUUAAAACAGGAUGCGGUCCGCGACCACGCGAAAAAGUUCAUCGCGGUGCCCGCGCGGCUGCAGACGCGGUGCGGGGCCGCCAGGGCGGGCGAACACUCCAGCGGCGCCUCCAGCGCCGUCAGCGAGCUGGACGAUGCCGACAAAGAGGUGCGAAACCUUACGGCCAGGGCUUUCCGCAGCCUGGCGUACCCCUAUUUCGACACCUUGCGCCCCGGCUCCCGCGCCUCCUCCGCCUCGCUGUCCGACAAUGCCCUGGGCAUCAACCGCUGGUCCACCUACCUGGACCUCAAGUGCGGCAGUCUGGGGCCGAGAGCCGAGCCCAGCCUGCUGCGCUCCGGCCGCUCGCAGACCAAAGCCCUUGAGUUCGUGGUCAGCAAGCUCGACGGGGAGAUCGCCCACGUCGAAACGCCGCGGCGGCUGCGGGCGGGCUCCCGGGUGGUGACCCUGCUGGACCUCGGCGAUGCCGCCGAGGCCGGGGAGCCGCCGGCGGUGGAGGGCGGCGGGAAGGGGUCCAGCAAGAAGUCCAGGUUCGCCUCCAGCCUUCUCAAAAACGUCAUCUCCAAGAAGAUGCAGCUGGAGCACGAGUUCAAGAUGGAGCGGGGCGAGAUCACCGACACUUCCUACACCGGGCCGGGCACGGGCCGGGAGCCGGAACCCACCGGCGGCAGCGCCAGCCGGGAGCGGCAGCGAGAGGACGGCGUGCAGCGGCAGAACUCCCGGCACUCGGAGGGCGGCUCGGACUGCGCCGCGGCGCCGGCGGAGGAUGCGGGCGAGGGCGGCGGGGGCCGAUCUCCGGCCUCCAAGGCGUCGACGCCCCGCGAGGGGAACCGCAGCCUGGACCGGGCGCUCUCGGAGGAGCUGUGCGAGGUGAAACGCAGCGCCUCGGAGGCCAUCAAGGCCACCUUCCUCCGCAGCCAGAACAGCGCCUUCAGGUCCUGGAAGGAGCGGGAGGCGGAAAGGAAGGAGGAGAGGGCCCCCGUCGGUAAGCUGAAACUCUCUCCCAAGCACGACUGGCGAGCCGACCUGGGUGAGAUCUCUGCCGGCAAGUCCACCAAGAUGUCCCGGCUGUUCGUCCCCGCCAUUCAGCACACUCCUCGGGAGAAGGAACCUGGCAAGAGGGCGACCAAGUGCUCCGCCGCGGCCGCCGCCGUCUCCUCGCCCGCCGCCGCCGCCUCGCCCCCCGCCGCCAAACCCAAAGCCCCCGAGAUCAAGAUCAGCCUGGGCAGCGUGCAGCAGCCCCGGGACGCCGCUUUCAGCAUCGCCCAGCUGCUGACGCCGCAGAUCGCAGGCCGACCGCUGGAGGAGGGCAGGGGACAGCCCCCCAAGCCUCUCAAGGCUGGGGACAGCUCCGACAAAGUGCCGCAGUUCCUGGUGCGCGACGUGAGGGACAGCAAGUACAGAGCCCAGGGGAUCCUCCAUCAGGUGCGCGACGUGCGGAAGCUCAUCAAAAGCUCCUACAGCGCUGACUCGGGAGAUAACAGCAGCGACAAGGGCAGCGGCGCCUCCGAGCAAGGCGGGCCGGAGCAGAAGCCCCGGCAGCAGCUGGUCAUCGCCGGUGUCCCCCGGUCGCUCUCCCCCGUGGUCAUCACCUGCCAGGCUGUCGGCCACACCGGCACCAAGCCCACCGAGGCGGGGGCCAAGGCGCCGGGCAAAGUGCCCGCCUGCCCCCCGGAGGGCACCGUCCUGGUACACCGCACCUCGGGCAGGCUGCCAGUGGCCACCAUCGCCCCGAACAAGAGCGAUGCUCGCCAGCCGGCUGUGCUCAAGAUCGUCUCCAAAUCCUCCGCUCCCUGGAGACACCAGCCCCCACUGCCGCCCGCCGAGAGGGGCCGGGGACCGGAGGAGGACCCGCGGGAGGAGAGCAAGGCAGCGCCGGUGCAGAACGCGCUGGAGAAGCUGACGGCGGCGGUGCGGAGCAUGGAGGAGCUCUACAGCUUCAACAAGCGCGAGUGGAAGCGCAAGAGCGACCCUCUGCCCAUCACCGACAGCCACGUCCUCUCCCUCAUCGCCAGCCAGGAGCGGGGCGCCGGGUCCCGACCCGCCGCCGCUGCCGCUCCGCCCCCGCCGCCGCCGGCCGACAAGGCGGAGGAGCCGUCGGGCAAGGGGCCGAGCGGCGAGCGGCUGCCCCGCCGCCCGUCUAACAGCGCCGCCGACAAGGUCUCGGCCAAGGCGGCCGCCUUCGAGAGCCUGGCCCGGCAGCGGCAGCGCGGCCCGCCCGCUCCCCGGGUCGAGCCUGCCGCCGCCCCCCGCGCCCUCCUCACGCUCCGCGGGACGGGCGGAGCCGCAGCCCCCGCGCCGCCCAAGCCCCCCCCCGAGGGCGACCUGCGGGGCCCGGCAGCGCCGCGCUCCCCUCGGCUGCCCGCGGGCGGCGGCGAUGCGGAGCGCGGCCCCGACUGCGGGAACUAUCUGUCCCUGCCGCUGAAGGCGGCCACCGAACCCGGCUCCCCCCCGUCCCCGGGGACCACGGCGGCGGGCGGCGGCGUCCGCCCCAGCGCGGUGUCGGCGUCAGCGGCGGCGGCCGCGCUGUGCAGCCUGCAGCCCUUCGGCACGGCCAAGCCCCCCGGCAACCCCAGGCCGCCGCCUGGUCCCCCGCCCGCCGAGGAGCCUCCCGCCGCCGCCCCGCCGCCCGCCGAGGGCCCGCCUGCCGCCGUGUACCGCCCGCCGCUGCCCUUCGCCGCCCUGCCCGGCGCCGCCCCGCCGCUGCUCUGCUUCUCGCCCUCCGUGCCCGCCGCGGCCACAACGGCCGAGCCCUUCCCGCAGACGCAGCGCAAGGUGCUGCUGGACGUGAGCACCGGGCAGUACUACCUGGUGGACACGCCGGUGCAGCAGCCCCUCAAGCGGCGCCUCUUCGAUCCCGAGACCGGGCAGUACGUGGAGGUGCCAGUGCCGCAGCAGCCGGCCGUCGCUCCCGUCCCGCUGCCGCUCUCGCCCCUCACCCUCAAUGCCGGUGCCUACGGCGCCACGUACAUGCUCUACCCCGGGCUCCUGCCUGCCGCCACCGUGCUGCCCGCCGGCGCCCUGCAGCGCCCGCUGUCCCACUCGGGCAGCGAUGCCAGCGCCCCGGCAGAGCCUGGCAGCCCCGCCGCGCCAGAGGCAGCUUUUGCCGAGAGCCCCUACUACGUGGCUACCAGCAAGGGCCCGCCGCCGCCGCGGCACGGGGCAGCCGAGGCCAAGCCGGUCAUCAGCAUCACAGCGCCGGCCACCGGCCCUCGGAUCGUCGCGCCGCCCUCCUUCGACGGCACCACCAUGCGCUUUGUGGUGGAGCACCGGUGAAGAGCGCGGAUAAAGAAGAAGAAUUAUGCUUCUUUAAUUUGAAAUAGACUUGGUA